AUGGCAUGUUCAAAGUUAUUUUCAGGAGAUUUACCUGAGUUGAUAAACGAAGUUAUACAAUAUUUUCAUUAUGAUUAUAAAACAUUACAUUCGUGUAUAUUUGUUAAUAGAUUAUGGUGUCGUUUAACAAUUCCAUUAUUAUGGGAAGAUCCAUUUUCAAUUAAAUCCCCUAAAAAUUAUCGUUUUAUUGAAAGUUAUUUACAUAAUUUGAAUAAUGAUGAUAAAGCAAAAUUUAAUGAUUAUAUAAUUAAUAAUGACUUAUUUCCUUCAAAUACAUUAUUUAAUUAUCCUAGAUUCAUUCAACGUUUAGAUACACAUAAAGUUUGUAAUUUUAUUGAAAAGUGGGCAGUAACUGUUGGUAGUACUUCAACAACUAAAGAACAACAUUCCAGCUAUUUUAUACAAAAUACAAAUUUAUCAUCUUCACAAAUGUCAAACUUUACAAAACUAGUUAUUAGGUCAUUAUUUCUAAUAUUCAUUGAAAACGGGGUGAGCUUACAUAGUUUUGAAGUUAUUAUGUUUAAUCAUAAAGAAUUUGAAUAUUUUGAUGAGAUUUUUGAAUUAAUUUUACAAAAUCCGAAUUUCAUUUAUAAUAUUAAAAGUUUUAAACUCGAUUUUAAUACAAUAACUAAUAACAUAACAAGAUUUUCAACUUUUCUUUAUUCUAAUUGCAAUUCAAUUUCAUCACUCCACUUUCUAUUUCCAUCAUAUGUUGAAAAUUAUCCAACUGAAAAGUGCUUAGCACAAAUAAUUAGUUCCCAAGAAAAUCUCAAAAAGAUUUUAUUUGGUUAUAGCGAAUUCCCUUUACACCAUUCGCUAUUAUCAUUAAAACACUCUAAUUGUUCAAAUACAUUAAACACAAUCAUAUUUUAUCAUAUUGAUUUUGGUAAUAUAGUUGUUUUAAGUGAAGCUUUCAAUCACCUGAAUGUUUUAGAAUCAAUUCAUAUUAUUUAUUGUUAUUCUCUAGAUUCAAAAUUUAUUCAACAGAUUAAUAAUAUUACUAAACCAUUUAAAUUGAAAUCCUUAUUUCUGGGAUUUCUGGGUGAAGUUGAUGAAUCAUUAGAACGAUUAAUACAAAAGUCUGGCGAUUAUUUAGAAAAUUUUGGAAUUAGUAACGAUGAAUCACAACAAUUACUACAAUUAAUUAUGAAAUAUUGUAGUAAAAUUAAAUAUUUGGGUCCUAUUAGGCUGGAUAAUCAGAGUAUUUAUUUAUUAUUAAGUUUAAUUGAAAAUAUUACGCAAAACCUCAGUUAUCUUAUAAUUGAUGCUUUUAAUGUUGAUUAUAGUUCAAUUAUAUUGAAAAAUCUAGGACAAAUUCUUCCUAUUAAAUUAGAAUAUAUGUAUCUUUGCCUUACAAUUAAUACAAGUGAUCUGGAAGUAUUCUUAAAAAAUUCUCAAAAUACUUUUAUUAAAAAAUUGUUAAUCAGAAAUAUAAGAAAAGAAGAAAGUGGAGAUAUUUUCUCUUAUAUAAAAGAAUAUAUUAUGAAAAAGAAAAAGGUUAAGUAUUUGGCUGUUUCAGAAACUUUUCAUGGAAGAAAUGAAGAUUUGUUUUUUCAGAAAGAUAAAGUAAAGGAAUUUCAAUUACAUGAUAUUCAAAUUUUAAAAUAUUUUGAUUUGUUUAUUGAUAUUUAUGAUUUUAUAAAUGAAACUUAUUAA